AUGGCGACCAUGAUCCCCUUCCGCCGCACCGCAUUCACCGUCCUCACAAAGACACAUGUCGCCCCCUACACCACCCGCUCCAGCGGCGCCGCAUUCCUCAACACCCUCGACUUUCUCGCCCCCACACCAUCACAACCCCGAUCCACCAACCCCUCCAACUCUUCCAACUUCCGUCCCAACAACAACAACGGCGGCAACAAGAGCAGCAACCGUGAAUUCCUCAGGAACUCGGGCUCUAUCAAUGGAAUCCUCGAUGGUCUCAACAUUCCCCUCUCUGGCGCUGGCGGCAACCUGUCCUCUUCUCCCAACCAUAACCACAACAACAACACCAGGGGUCCUUUGAAGCGUCCACUUCCUGGCUCUGCUGCAGGCAGCAAAGCCGCCGUCCCUUCUUCCUCCACCUCUAUCAACAACACAUCGCGCUCCAAAACCAACAACGAGAAGCGCUCCCAAGCCCCCCUCGAUAGACCCCGUCGCGACGAAGAAAUCGAAUGUCAUUGGAUCCAGUUUGUCGGUCCUGAGGGUAACGAGGGCGAGAAGCGUCUCUCGAGUGUGUUAAAGACUUUCGACCGUUCGAAAUACUUCCUGAUCGAAGUCGACUCGGGCGCCCAACCUCCCAUCUGCAAGCUCUUCAGCAAGAAGGAACUCUACGAGAAGGCCAAGGCUGCCAAGCAGGCCAAGAAGUCCAACGAGCUCUCGACCAAGGAACUCCAGCUCAACUGGGGGACCGACGCCCACGACCUCGAGCACAAACUCGCCAAAUUCAGAGCCUUCCUCGAAAAGGGUCACCGGCUCGAGAUCCAGGUCAACGGCAAGAAGGGCAAGUCCACCACCCCUCAAGAACGCGGGCUGAUCAUGGAGAGGAUUAAGAACGAGUUCGAGCCCGUGUCCAAGUAUGUCAAGCAGCCUGAGUGGGUCAAGGCCACCACCGUCACCAUGCUCCUCCAGGGCACGCCCAAGAAGGUCGAAAAGCAUAAGAAGAAACAGGAGCAACAAGAGCAGCAACAGCAGCAGUAA